AUGAAUAUUAAUGUCACCCGUUGCGCGCGUGACGGCGGGUGCGGGUGUGUGUGUGUGCGGGUGUGUGAGCGGGGGUGCGGGUGCGCGAGUGAUCCGUCAGUUGGUGAGGCGCCUCCGAUCGUGUCGGUACAACCCUGUGUCAUGGAUACCAACACAAUCAUCGAGGGCACACUCAAGUUUAGGGAUGGAAAAAAGUGGAAGUCCCGUUGGUGUGUGUUGAGAAAGCUGUCUCCAGUUGCAGAUUGUGUCCACGUACAACUCUACCGCGACAGCAAGGACCGAUACAACAAUGGUCAGACAAAGGCGUCUCUAUCGUUACAAUACUUCCUUGCUGUACAGUCAGGUUUCACCCUGGACAAAGAGUCUAACACAAUAGCCAUCAUCUGUGAGGACGUGACUGUUAUAUUCGCCUUCGACACCCGAGAACAGCUGAUUCAGUGGCAGGCGAAAAUAGCCAUCAACCUGGGGGAGGACGAGCAGUUCCUGGUGCAGAUCUCAUCAGCGCCUCCUAGAAGUAAGCUGACUCCUGGUCCUGCGAGACUGCAUGUGCUGGAGAGAAGGUUCUGUCUAACAGCUGGAGUCCCUCCUAGACUGCUUGGCCACUGGCAGAUCGCCCAGCUGAGAAAGUACGGUGUGGUCAACGGACGGUUCUGUUUCGAGGGUGGGUCUCAAUGUGGAAGAGGUGAAGGUCUGCAUGUUCUGCUGACUGACAGAGGCAAUGACGUCAGCAGGUCCUUCAGCAAUGCCGCGCAGGGAAACACCCCUCUAGCCCGGCGUGCCUACCUACACGUCGGAGAGAGGUCCAUCAGCAGCAGCAGGACAGAGGCUAACCUGUGCGAACAACUCACCGACUGCCGCUCCAGGAGUCAGGAGAACCUCUGCUGGACUCCUCCGGGGGACUGUGGUGGCUGGGAGUCUUCAGGGUUGUGUCACAGGGAGGGCACAGUGAGCAGGCCCCGCUGUAGAAGCUGCCAUGUCCGAAUCUCUAGAUCCUCGACCGUCACUUGCGCCCCAGGAACCGGCUUCACUUGGACCAUGGAGUCAUGUGGCAUCGGACAAUCCAUUGCGAAGUCUCCAAGUUGUCAAGAUUCGCGACAGACUUCAACGUUGGCAACUAUCUGGGAUCCUUCCAGCCCAGGUCGGCCUCCACCUCGGCCUCCGAAGACCAAACCUCCUCCAGCCCCGGAGGAUCUUCCAGCCAGCCUCAAGAGACCAAGGCCGUCCCCAUCAAUGCCUGUUAUUGGCCUUGGGCGAUGUGACUGCGAUAGCACUAACUUGGUAGAAGAAUAUUAUGACACACCACGAAGUUUCAAGAGCACUAUCCUUGAAGAGCCUGAGAGAUCAGAUACUAACUCUCAUUGCGUAGACAAAACCGUCUGCAAUUGUCAAGCCAACGCAAACACAGGGAUAAGUCAAUCUUUCUCCGUAAACCAGUCACUUCUUCAGCUAAUGGCCAGAGGAACUUCACAUACAAGUUUUCCUAAAUCUCAGCAAUCCAUGAAUUUUCACAACAAAUUCCAUGUGUACCAAAACGAUGAAGAACCUUCAAGUCUUUCGUCAGAUCCAGGGUGGCAGACAGAGUCUUGCAAACAGGAAUCCCAUUCCAAUUGCUCUUGCUAUAUGAACGUAAAAGCAAACACUAUGUGCCAAGCAAGGAGAUGUGUAAAAUCAGUGACCUUUUCUGACCUUCCUAAACACGUACAAACACCAAACUAUGUAAACAUUGACUUUGCCGAAUCACUUAAAUAUUACGAAAACUGUAAAGAUUGUUAUAAGAAAUUGCUCUGCGAGUUUGACGGUGAUCGUGAGCUUAGUUUCAAUUCUGAGUGGCUUGAUGGCUUUUGUAGGAAUUGUUCAAUCAGGCAGAAUAAUUUAAGGCAAAUAGGACAAUCAAAUAGUGUGGAUGAUACUCGCGGGUACAUCAAAAUGUCGUCUUUAGCAAACAUAACAAAAAGAAAUGAUGAAACGUUACCCACCAGAGAAACUCCAGUAUAUGUCAAGUCUUUCUUCAAGUCGAGAUCUAAAAGUUCGAUUUGUUUACACAGUAUAUGUAGGCAACCAAAGGAUUAUAAAAUUAGAGCAAUUAGUGAUCCUGAAAUUCACCUUAUUCCAAAUAGUCUAAAACGUCCGAAAAUCUCUCUGUCCAAACUAAUAGACUUUAUACGAAACCUCCGUCCAGUCACCGCUCAAGAGAUCCAAAGACAUGCGAGAAAAUCGAAUUUAUCCAACGUCAAAACCCGUUUAGAAGAAUCUCAAUAUCAUUCUGAUGACACUAUAUCAUCAGAUACCAUGGUCAACACUGCCAACGACAUCAGUGUCAAAGGAUCUUUGAAUUCUUUGUGCAGUGAAGCUUCGAGGUUCCCAGGAAAUAAGUUCUUGUCUGUCUCUGAGCUCAAUUCAUCUUUGUCGUCCGUACCUGGGAAACUUGAAGGUAAAGAAUCUGAUAUAGAAAAGUACAAAGAACACUUAAGAAAUCUUCAGCUUCCACACUUCCCGACUGAUCUCAACGUUACAAACAGCCCUUGUUUGUCAGCUUUAAGGAGAUCUUGCACCGUCAGCUUUAAACCUGGACACAAUCGUGAUUCUUCAAGCUCCAACGAUUCUGGAGUGUCAACCGCUUCCUUGAGGCUCAGAAGAACUGACUUUACCGAGUUUGAAAUGCCAAUUACCACUUCUCUCUCCGCCAAGCUACUUAGAGAGUACGCACUCAGACAGAUGAAAAAGUCCUCCAGUGACUUGAGUCUCCCUAGAAGAUCCAAAUCGAUUGACCCUCUAGGGGAACUGGUGUUUCAGUUUCAAGAAUCUUCUAGUUCAGCGAAAUCUACAUCUGCUCUGCUCACAGUUGUCGAUGGAAGAGGCUCUGUCCCUAUGCGUGGAACGUAUCCAGCAAAGCGAGGGGUGAGCCGUUACAAUACAAUGGUGAACUUUACUGAUAAAAGGCAGCAGCAGUGA